AUGAUGCAGCAGGUUAUUGGGUAUAAUGCAAAAAUUAGUGAGAAAGUAGAUGCACACGAUUCAUCUAUCAAGAAUAUUGAAGUGCAAAUGGGCCAAAUUUCAAUGUCUCUAAACAAUCAUCCUCAUGGGACAUUACCUGCAGACACUCAAAUAAACCCCAAAGAUCAAGGUCCGAAGCAGUUGAUGGCAGUGAGUCUAUGGAAUGGCAGAGAUUUAGACACAGAGAAAGAAAGGGCUCGAGAAAUCAGACAGGCUGAGACUCUCAUACCAGUGCCCAUUGAGCUAGAUGAGUCAAUGAAACUGACAGAGAAGAAGAGACCUCCUGCACCAUUCCCUCAGAGGCUGGCUAAGCACCAGAAAGAGGAGCAGUAUAAGAAAUUCUUAGAGAUGCUGAAACAAAUCCAGACCUGUAGUGCAAUGGUGACUAGCCCAAUUGCGGAAAAGCUGUCUGACCCAGGGAGCUUUACAAUUCCAUGCACUAUUGGUAAUUUUGCUUUUGCUAAGGCACUUUGUAAUCUAGUAAGCACGUGA